UGGAGCCGGCAGCUGAAGUUCAAGGCUCCUCUGUUGUCUGCAUGUGGAGGCUCUCUGGGCUCGGCGGAGGAGGGCAGAAGCCGGCUGGCGAGGGGAGGGUCCGGCGGGCAGCCCCCAGCCCCCUCGCAGCGCAGCUCCAGGGAUGGCUGCGGGCUCCGAGUGCCGGAAUUCCCUCCUCUAUUACUACAGCAUCAAAUUCGCCCUCUCCGCCUACGCCACCCUCUUCUCGGUCCUGGGCCUGGUGAUCCUCUGCAUUGGGAUCUAUGCUGAGGUGGAGAGGCAGAAGCACAAAACCUUGGAAGGGAUCUUCCUGGCUCCAGCCAUCAUCCUCCUCCUGCUGGGCUUCACCAUGUUUGGAGUCUCCUUUGUGGGCAUGGUUGGGAGCCUGAGGGACAACCGCACGCUGCUGAAGAUGUUCUUCUGGGUCCUUCUGGUGAUCUUCCUCACAGAGCUGCUGCUCCUCUUCAUCGAAAUCAUCUUUGAAAGCAAGAUGAAUGCAGUCUUGCACUCCAACAUCCAAGAGGGCAUCAGACACUAUUAUGAUGACCUUGACUUCAAGAACAUCUUGGAUUUUGUGCAGGAAAAGUUCUCUUGCUGUGGUGGUGAUGAGUACCGGGACUGGGAGGUGAACCAAUACCACUCCUGCAAUGGCAGCGGACCCCUGGCCUGUGGGGUGCCCUACACCUGCUGUGUCAGGAAGGUCCCUGCAGGAGUCAUUAACACCUUGUGUGGGUACAGGACGAUCAACAAAGAGCGCCUGGAGCUCCUGGACGUCAUCCACGUGCGAGGCUGCAUCCACGCCGUCGGCCUCUGGCUCAAGGACAACUUCGAGGCCACUUUGGGCAUAGUUUGCUCCCUGCUGCUUCCACAGGUGGUUGGCCUCCUGAUGGCUUGGCUCUAUUGGCAGAAGCUGGAUGAGAUCUACUCCCAGCUGGACAGUGUUGACUUCAGGAUCCUGGAGAUGAGGGACUUCAGCUUCGGGGCGCUGGACCUGAGUGGUGCUGGCUGGUGCUGGUGCUUGCCCAAGGAAGGAGGCUACAUCCCUGUCAAUGCAGAGGAGGAAGAGGAGGAGGAAGAGGAGGAGGUCACCAUCUGCCAGAGCAAAGUGUGAGAAGGAGGAGGAGGAGGAGGGCUGGAAGCCAGCUUGGAGCCAAGCUCUGCGGGAGGUGGUGGAUGGUGAAUGAGGACAGGACUGGCCCUGGAGCAGGCUGCCCAGGGAGGCUGUGGAGCCUCCUUCUGUGGAGCCUUUGCAGCCCUGUCUGGAUGUGUUCCUGUGUGCCCUGGGCUGGGUUCUCUGCUCCUGCCCUGGCA